GUACCAAACGGGAUCUGAAGAAGGAAGCAAAGGCCGACAGAUCGAAAGGCACACACAGCACAGGAUCCUCCCUCCUCCCUCCGGUCCUCUCAUCUCCAUCUCUCUUCUUCUAUUCCGGCGGCACAGCGGCUGUCCUCAUCUCACCGGGGUACGCCGUACGCAGGCGCAGCAGCCAGGGGCCGGAGAGGUUAGGAUGACGGGGCUACCGCCGAGGCUCGUGUUCCGGUUCACGCACAGGGAGGUCGCCAAGAUGGAGGAGGUCCUCCGUGACCUCAACGCCAUGCCGCAGCGUCCCGUCAUCCAGGCCCUGACCGACGAAUUCAACACCUCCUCCCACCGCUCCGGCAACGGCAAGGUCCCCGUCCAGUACAAGCAGGUGCACACCUGGUUCCAGAACCGGAGGUACACGCAGAAGAGGAGGGGUGAGCGGCCGCCAGCACGAGGGAAGAUGCUGCCCACGGGAGCUGAGGCACAGCACCCAGCUUCCUACUGGGUUCAGUCCUCUUGCCCUUCCAACGCAGGAAAUACUUCUUCCGAUGGUGGCCUGGUCCAGCUUGAAGCAAAGUCACCAAGAAAUGGUGCAUGGUACGAUGUUGCUGCCAUUCAGUCCUGCAGGCUUUCUGAAACGGGAGACCAGGAAGUACAAGUUUGGUUUUCUGGAUUUGGGGCUGAGGAGGAAGAAUGGAUUAAUGUUUGUAAAUCUGUGAGACUGCGUUCUGUCCCAUGUAUAGCCACAGAAUGUGUUGGUGUGCUUCCUGGGGAUCUUAUUCUUUGUUAUCAGGAAGGAAAAGAGCAGGCCCUCUAUUUUGAUGCUCAUGUCCUUGAAGUUGAAAGGCGCACACAUGAUAUAAGGGGUUGCCGCUGCAGUUUUCUUGUUCGUUAUGAUCACGAUCACUCUGAGGAGAUUGUUCCACUGAGGAAGGUAUGCCGUCGACCAUCUUCUGAUGUUAAGAUUGAUAUUGUUAUUGAUCAUAGUCUAGCUGAGAAGAAAGCUCAAAAGCCGCACAAGAGGAUGGAUAUGAACCCUGAUGAGGUCACCGUGGUUCCGAGCCCGCCAUAUCAAGGAGGACCAUCCGACAAUCUGGCUGCCUCCUUACUUGUCAUGCCUGAUGGCACCCACAAUGAUUCAGUUGCAGAUGUGCAGAUGGGGGAUACCGAGGCUGCUCCAUAAGUUAAAGCUACAAGCAGAGCACAUGGCGACAAGUUGAUCGUUGGAGUAUCGUUGUUUCACUUUCCUGUGCAUUUCUUUAAUACAAAAAUGUUGGUCUAUGAACCUCGAACGAGGAAGAAUGGUUUCCUAGUAGGUAACUAUAGUGUGCCGAUCUUGACCUGAUUGUUGUUGUGGUGUACCUCCAAAUUAAUGUUGGCUUUGGAAUCUAUAUCUAUAUAACUAUGUCAUGAGAGAACA